CUCCUCUACCCAUCCUCUUCUCUUCAAUCAGAUUCCUAUCAGCUCACACUGGACCCCAACACAGCGCAUAGAAACCUCUAUCUGUCUGAAGGGAACAGAAAGGUGACAUGCAGAGAAGAGACUCAGCCAUAUCCUGAUCACAUAGAGAGAUUUGACAGAUGGGCCCAAGUGCUUUGCAGAGAGGGUUUGUCUGGGACUCGCUGUUACUGGGAGAUUGAGUGGAGUGGGGAAGAGGCUGUUAUAGGAGUCACAUAUAAAGGAAUCAACAGGAAAGGACAGGAUGAUUCCUGUGCCCUUGGAUACAAUGACAAGUUCUGGAGUUUGGAGAAUGUUGGUUCCAGUUACUCUGCCUGGCACAAUAACAAUCACACUGCAAUAACUGCCCCCUGCUCCCCCAGAAUAGGAGUGUAUCUGGACUUUAAUGCCGGCACUCUGUCCUUUUAUGGCGUCUCUGACACAGUGACCCUCCUGCACAGAUUCCAAACCACAUUCACUGAGCCGCUCUAGCCUGGGAUUUUUGUAGAUGAUGAUUCAACUAUAACAAUCUGCCAGCUGAAGUAGGCUUUUUUUUUUUUUUUUUUUUUAAAGAAAAUCUUUGUAUAGAACUUCCAGUCUGUCCACUCCACUCCUCAGGUCAAGGGAAUGUUCAAUCUGACACCACUUUGUAUGAAUGUUAGGGGGUAAAGUGGCUCCACCUGCAGAGUGACACAAUGUGAAUUGUUUGUUUUUACACUUGGGGCCGAGGCAGCCUCAUGUUUACUGUUUCAUCUUUGUCAGGUUAGUGUUUUUGUAAUUGUAAACACUCACAACUGGACACUUGUUUCAGAAUUGUGAGAAUUGUGUCUCUUGCUGUAAUUUGUAUGUAAAUUGUUACCACAUAAGUUAUUCAGCCCCAUGUCUUUAUUGUAGAAUCUAAAACUGUUUUUUU